CGGCAGUCCAGCCGCAGCGCGAGUCAGUCGCGCCGAGAGCGCAGGGACUGGACGGCUCCGCUCGUCGAGGGUCUCUGGUUGGCGACGCGUGAUCUCGCUGGGCCAUGGCAGCACCUCCUGCCAAAGAGAAAAGGGAGCAGUCAGAAGAGGGUGACCUCCUAGAGCUCCCUGUGUGCCCCAAGCCCGAUGGUGAGCAGAGUAGGAGCCAGAGCCCCAUCCAGCUGGAGGACUCUCCUGAGGCAGGCGAGGAGCGGGAGGAGGAACAGGCCUUCCUGGUCAGCCUCUACAAAUUCAUGAAGGAGCGGCACACGCCCAUCGAGAGGGUACCCCAUCUUGGCUUCAAGCAGAUUAACCUGUGGAAGAUUUACAAGGCCGUGGAGAAGCUGGGGGCUUAUGAACUGGUGACGGGCCGCCGUCUCUGGAAGAACGUGUAUGACGAGCUGGGGGGCAGUCCAGGCAGCACCAGUGCGGCCACAUGCACACGCCGCCACUACGAGAGGCUGGUCCUCCCAUAUGUGCGGCACCUGAAGGGCGAGGAUGACAAGCCACUGCCCCCUACCAAGCCCAGGAAGCAAUACAAGAUGGCCAAGGAGCUGAGGGGGGAUGACGGGACCACUGAGAAGCCAAAGAAGGCCAAGGACUCAGAGAGGCACGUGGACCAGACCACACCGGGAAAGACCAAAUCAGAUGCCGCUGGCCUGACACAGCUUCCCAGCCAGGGACCCUCAAGGGAUAGUACAGAACAGCUCGGCCCAACAUCUGGGCCCUCUCUGCCAUUCGCGGGUGCCAGUGGCUGCCCUGAGGCCUACAAGCGGCUCUUGUCCAGCUUUUACUGCAAAGGGGCUCAUGGUAUCAUGUCCCCACUGGCCAAAAAGAAACUCCUGGCCCAGGUCAGCAAGGCAGAGGCCUUGCAGUGCCGUGAAGAGGGCUGUUGCCAUGGAGCAAGAAGCCCCAGCGGGGACCGUCAGGAAAGUCCCCAGAACCUAAAAGGGCCGGCUGAGAACUCUGAACACCACCGGCUAACCCCACAGGAAGGAUUGCAGGCCCCCGGUGGCAGCACCAAGGUGGAGGUGCAGGAAGGCCCCUGCCCCGUAGCCCCCACUUUCUCAGGCUGUUUUCAUGCCUACCCCACCGAGGUGCUGAAGCCUGUCGGCCAACACCCCAGGGACUUCUUCUCUGGCCUCAAAGACAGGGUGCUGUUGGAACCGCCUGGGAAAGAGGAAGGGCUGACGACCAAAGAGCCCCAGCUGCUGUGGGAUGGGGAUGCCAACCGCCCCUCCGCGUUCCAGAAAGGCAGUUCCAGACAAAGAAGUUUCUACCCCAAACCCAAAGCCUGCUGGGUGUCCCCGAUGGCCAAGGUCCCUGCUGAGAGCCCUGGAGCCCCGCCCCCGCUCCCCAGUAGCCCAGGCCUUGGCAACAAGCGCAGCUUGGAAGAAGAGGGCUUUGCUCAUGGUGGCAAGAAACUGAGAGCAGUGUCUCCCUUCCUGAAGGAGGGGGAUGCCAAGGAGUGCAGAGGCAAGCCUGCAGCACCUGGCUUGGCUGUAUCCUGUCUGCUGGGCCCAGCCCUGGGUCCCACUCCUCCAGAUGCCUACAGGGGCACCAUGCUGCGGUGUCCUCUGAACUUCACCGGUAGCCCGGACCCUCUGAAGGGCCAGGCCACACUCCCCUUCAGUCCCCUGGUCAUCCCAGCUUUCCCAGCCCAUCUCCUGGCUACAGCAGGCCCCUCACCCAUGGCUGCCAGCCUGAUGCAUUUCCCUCCCACGUCCUAUGACACUGUCCUCCGCAACAGACUGGGUCCAGCUUCAUCUGCCUGGCACAUGCCACCCGUCACAACCUAUGCGGCACCUCACUUCUUCCACCUCAACACCAAGCUGUAGGUUGGAUCCUGUUGUGCUGUGCUGUGAGGAUCUGAUGGGGCCUCAAAAGGCCAGGUGCUGCCGGAAACCUCAGGCCAGAGCCCACUGCCUAGAACUCCCAGGCCAGUCAGCUUCCCCGAGUCUGUAUCCUCCCCGGGCACAGACAGGAGGGAGGCAACAGGCUUGUCUUAACGAAUCAGCCUGAGCCCAAAGCCCAGGGACCAAAUGGUGGCAAAAUCACAAAAGUACCUGAGCUGGUAUUCUCUCCCUCCACAGAGGUCAAGAGGACCGAAAGGCAAUGGAGCUAGAGAGUGGCUCAAGGCAUCCAGGUUGGCCAUGAAAGGUCCAAUAAAAAGACACUGGUGGGAUUGCACCCAGCCCUGAGGUGUACAGCACUGGACUUUUGCAAGGGGAUGUGAGGCAGGAGCCAGCUCGUGGAUGUGGUCACCAGUGUGGGAGCAAUGAUGAAGUGACCCAUUCUGUUCAGGAUGCUCCCACCCCACUGGAGUGCAGGCCCAGAGUAAAACUCAGCCUCUUAUGCACAGACGCACAGUCGUGCUUCCUUUUGCUCCAGCCUCAGGACACUUGCCUGUUGAGGUUGCCAUGGUGCAAAGCCUAGAGCACACUGGUGACUUGUGAGACACGAGGGAGGAGCUGGGUGACUCCAACCCUCCGAGCUGAGCCACAGGCCCAGCCCAAGGAUGCAUAUGCCCUGCAUCUUUGAGCCAGAGCUAGGAAAGGAGUUGCUUGCUUUAAGAGGUUCUUGCUAUGUUGCUCAGAUUAGUCUCAGACUCCUGGCCUAAAGAAACCCUGCUGUGGCCCUCUUGGUAGCUGGGACUACAGGUGUGAGGCAUGGUACCCGUGAAAGGGGGCUUUUGAGGGUGCGAAGACAAAACCCAAGUUAUCUGUCCAGGUAGUGGGUAGACUUGUGAACCCUGCUGCCUAGUGCUCUUGGGGACCUGCCACCACCACACCCACUUUCCUGCUCUACAUACUGGUUUUGGGGCGAGGGGCAGAGGGGACCCAUCUCUGCCUGGGAAUCUCUUGCCACGCCAUGGUAAGCUUCAGCUGUGGUUGCUCCAGGGGCCCACACAGAAACCCUAUGGUUUCGCGCCCUCCUCCCUUAGAGAUGGCUUGAUCUGCCGGUCCCAAGGAGACUGUCAGCACAGCUUCACAACCGUUCCCGGAAAGGCAGUGCCACCAUGGCCCAGAGAUGCCAGGAUGCCAGAGAACCAGGUCAACAGAUGGUUACUGACCUGCGUCAAGGGAACUCACCCUGUUCCUGACCUCAGGCCAUGGACAGGAGGGCAAGUUUUUAUGGCCCUCUUAGUUCACAGGUAACAUGGCUAAGGGCGGGGACAGGAAGCGACACUGAGGAUGCCUGGCUUUGGGAAAUGGUGGUCAGCGAAGGUAGCUGCCUGUGAGGGGAGCUAUAGCACAGGUAUCCAGAGUGGGGGGGGGCAGGUGUCCAGUGAUGCACUCAAGCAUCUUCUAGCUCCCCACCUUCCUCCUGGAGACUCUGAGAUGCCGGCGGCCUGUGUAUGCGGAUGACUAGCCCUGAGCUCCUGGAUGCUUACUGCACCCAUAUGCUGUGUCCCCAUCCAUGAGCUUGUGCAGACCCAUUGAGGAGGGAUUCUAGGCUAACAAAUGCCGUGGGUGCUGGGCUGCACACCGUGGGAUCAGAUCCCAGGAGAGGUGGAGGCUACCUUUGUGUUUGGAGGGAUCCCCUUCAUCUACAAAGUAACACUAGUCUCCAACUGCUCAAGGGUCGUGUUUGGCAAACAGCCUGACUUGGGUAUAGGUUGUUCAGGACUGCAGCGGUGGGGCCCCCUGCAGGCACAUCUGGAAAAUGCACAUCUCGUGGGGUAGCAGGGUAGAUGGAUUCCUGGGCCCGGACUCUGCUACUUCUGCCUAAGCAAAGACACUAGAAAUGAGUGCAAGUCAGCCUUCUUGGAAGACCUCGGAACUCUGCACUGAACACUAUGUAUUUGCCUCACGUGUGAAUUCUCAUUCUCUUUCCCAUUGUGAAUGAGAGAACUGAGCUCAGGGGUGACUCCAGACACCAUGCUGGCUGAUGGGGAGUGCAUGUUGCACACACACAUCUCCCCUUGUUCGUUCUUGUCCCUGACAGACUGACCCAGAGGACCCAGAGGCCAGCAGAGUUCUCAGUGUCUGUGUUCAGAGCAUAAUUUGUGUUCAGGGUCGACUUUCAAAUCAUUCAUGGCGUUUGAGCUGCUAAUGGUGGGAGGUGGCAGAGGCCACCCUGGAAUUUGUACUGACCCCGCCCCUACCCGUGGUCCCAGUUCAUUUCCCUGGAAACAGCUUAAGUGUGAUGAGUUAGGUGUUCAGCAGGUAAUACCUUGGUUUGCUUUGGAGGUUAAAGCGUGCUGCCCCUUUAUCUGUUUUGGGUGCUCAGCUUGGUGGCAUUAAUGCAUUUCUCACACUGGGCAGGUAUCAUCACCACAGUCUUAAACAGAGUGGCCGAGAGUAUCCUUUAGAAGACCUUGAGAAUGACUGGAGGAGGUGACAGAGAGGCAGAGCAGCAAGUCCCCAAGGGAGCGGCAAGAGAGUGGGGUCCGGGAGCCAGGGUCCUGUGAGGGUUGGGACAGAGCGAGCCAGAGGUGACUAAGGCUGGGUUUGGUGCCUUCUAGGCCAGGGGGCAGUUGGGCUUUUACAUGAAAUAAAAGAAAGAUGGACGAGUG